ACCGAGUUUUUACCUUCAAAAUCCCAACUUGAAUAUAAUCGGGCAAAAAUUUUUCUGUUUCGGUUGAAUUUGCGACCACCAAUUUGCUAUCCCUCCCUUGAAAAAUCAACACAAUCAACAACGAAAGAAGAAAACAGCUCAAAUCACAGCUUCGGAGUCCCAGAGUCGCCUGUCCACAGGAGAGAGCUUAGAAGGACCCGGACCAAACCAGAUCAGACGAGACAGAAAUGGAAGCCGGGCAGCCAAGCGGGAUUCUUUCAGUAGACGAUCUGUCCUCUCUAUCAUCAACGCCAGCAACCACUAUCUCACGCUGGUCCUUCGUCGUCUCACAGCGGUUCCAACAUUUUCUUGACAAAACGGUCCCCUACAUCCUCUACCGUUGGAUCGCAUGCUUAAUCGUGGUCUUGAUCUAUGUAAUCCGCGUCUACCUUGUUCAAGGUUUCUACAUAAUCACUUACGGUCUUGGUAUUUACUUGCUUAAUCUCUUGAUUGGAUUCUUGUCUCCCCAAAUUGACCCCGAGAUCCAUGACGGGCCCUCUCUUCCUACUCGUGGAUCCGACGAGUUUCGCCCCUUCGUCCGCCGGUUACUGGAAUUCAAGUUCUGGUAUUCGAUUACCAAGGCGUUUUGUAUUGCCUUUGUAAUGACAUUUUUCAGUGUGUUUGAUGUGCCUGUGUUCUGGCCUAUAUUACUCACCUACUGGGUUGUGCUUUUCGUUCUUACUAUGAGGAGACAGAUUUCGCAUAUGAUCAAGUAUAGAUAUGUUCCGUUCUCUACCGGUAAACAGCGAUAUGAUGGAAAGAAGGCACCUUCGACUGACAGUGCAUUAUGAAGGCUAUAAUUGCUGUAGAAGAUGUUUUGAAGACCAAUUUUGGUUCUUUGAUUGAUUCUUUCUUCUUACUAAGACUUACCCACAUUUUUAUCGGCCAGCUUGCCUGUGGAAAGUUUAGCAUAAAAAAUCAUAGUGGCUCAUGAUGCUCUUUUUUCAUAAGGAAUUUUUUUUUAUAUAGAAGAGGGCGUGCCACAUUUCGUUUCUGUAUUGUUACUUUACUGAUUUGUAGUUUACUGAGGGAAAUGCCAGUCAAUCAGUGCAUUAGGAUUAUGCUCAAUCUAGUUAUACAUUAUUCAUUUCUCAUCAGUUGGAAAUGCCAAUUCUCUUUCAAGGA